AUGGCCGACGAACAAAGAUUGGCUCAACUACAUUCAAGGAGAGCCACCAUGAUGGAUGCGUUGGGUCGGGCUGAGGCUUUUCUGGAAAAUUAUGAUGAGCACCGGGAUGCGGCACAGGUGCCAUUGAGGCUUGAGUAUCUUAACAAUAUGUGGACUACCCUGGAGGAAAUUCAAGCUCAACUGGAAGAUGAAACUACCGACGAAGGAGGUAAGGCGCAACAUGCAACCAUUCGUGCCAAUUUCGAGCCAAGGCUGUUUACAAUAAAAGCUUCGUUUCUUACUAAAUUGACUCCGCUUCCUACCACUAGUAGCCCUCAAACUUCCGCUCUCUCUGGUAUCAAACUUCCUACCAUUUCGCUUCCGGAGUUCGAUGGAAAUUAUGAACAGUGGCUUACCUUCCAUGACACCUUCUUAGCACUGAUCCACAAUAAUGCUGACGUUCCGCCAAUUCAAAAAUUUCACUACUUGAAAGCCGCCGUCAAGGGGGAGGCUGCCUCUCUGAUUGAGUCCAUCGCCAUUUGUUCUGCCAACUACCAUCUGGCUUGGGAAACACUCGAAGGACGGUACUCAAAUGAUUAUCUUUUGAAAAAGCGACAUUUGCAAGCACUUUUCGACGUCCCACGUAUGAAAAAAGAAAACGCAGCUACCUUACAUGGAUUAGUAGAUGAAUUCGAGCGACACACGAAAAUUCUGCACCAACUAGGAGAACCAACAGGCUCAUGGAGUACCAUUCUCGAGCAUCUGCUAUGUACUCGUCUCCAUGAUGAUUCCCUCAAAGCCUGGGAAGACCACGCAUCGACUGUCGAAAAUCCAAACUAUGCGUGUUUAAUAGAAUUUCUGCAAAGAAGAACACGAGUUCUAGAGUCCAUUUCUGUCAAUCAGCACCCUAUUUCAAAUACGUCUAACAAUAGUGACAGUACAUCAUCUAAUCAUUUCAAAAGACAUCCACAGUUUCGCAUGUCUUCCUACGCUUCUACCGCCAGUUCAUCUAUCAAAUGUCCCGUAUGCAACCAAUCGCAUUCCCUGCCUAGAUGUGAAAAAUUUAUCCAACUGUCGAUGACUGAACGCCAGAAACUGGUCAACUCUAAGCGGCUUUGUCACAACUGCAUGAAAGGAAAUCAUUUUGUGCGCAACUGCCCGUGUGAUGUGAAUUGCAAGAAGUGCAAUCAGCGCCAUCAUACUCUUUUGCACUUAGACCAACAAACCAGCAAUAACCAAAGAACAAGCAAUGAUGGUUCUUCACGUGCGAGAAAUAUUACCCUUUCCACUAAAAUGAACGCUACAGAACCAUGUGAACAAGCUAGUGUUGCUGCUACGGAAUUGGUACUUUCGGCUGAAACGAGUGCCUCAGUUCGACACCCUCGAGAAAAUGUAUUUUUACUCACUGCCAUCGUAAACGUGAUGGAUACAUACGGUCAAGCACAUCCGGCGCGCGCAUUGCUCGAUAGCGCAUCGCAGCCAAAUUUAAUGUCAGAGCGUAUGGCACGAAUACUUCGUCUGAAAAGAAAUCCCGUUAACGUUACUAUUCAAGGAGCUGGACAAAUGUGUAAACCAAUACGCGAAUCAGUUUUCACACAUAUCGCGUCCAGAAAGGAGAACUUUUCUUUCGGAAUUGAGUUUCUUGUAAUGGAUAAAGUCACUGCUGAUCUUCCAGCCCAAAAUGUAAACACAGCUGGAUGGAUGAUUCCAAAGGACGUAUUUCUAGCAGACCCAUCAUUCAAUAAAUGCCAACCGAUCGAUUUGGUUAUCGGUGCCAAGCAUUUUUACGCGCUGUUUCCGACAGCAGCUCGCAUGCAACUUCAUAAUGAUCUACCGCUUCUGAUAGACAGUGUAUUUGGAUGGAUUGUGGCAGGUUCUGCAACUGAAGGCUCAUAUAAGCGAAAUACAGCACCAACUCGCAACGUAGUAGCAGUGUCCAUGAUUACCCUGGAGGAAACGUUGGAACAGUUUUGGAAAAUGGAGGAUCUGACAACUAAGGAUAAUUUCUCUGUGGAAGAACGCCAUUGUGAGUCUCUCUAUCAAACAACAGUUGCAAGAAACCAUGAAGGAAGAUAUAUUGUACGCUUACCUCGAAAGCCAGAUUUCGAUGUUUUGUUAGGCAAGUCCAAAGCGAACGCUUUACGUAGAUUGACCUAUUUAGAAGCACGCUUAGAGCGUAAUUUCAAUUUGAAAUUUGAAUACCAUCAAUUCAUGAAGGAAUACCUCAGUCUGGGUCAUAUGCAGUUAGUAGAACCCAAUGAUGAUAAUUGCUGCAAGGCGUAUUAUUUACCCCACCAUCCGGUAAUAAAGGAAUCAAGCACUUCUACCAGAGUUCGUGUUGUGUUUGACGGCUCGGCAAAAACCUCUUCCGGAUACUCCUUGAAUGAUGCUCUCUGCGUUGGACCAGUUGUUCAAGACGAUCUACUUACCAUAAUUCUUCGUUUCCGUAGCUACCCAAUCGCCCUAGUUGGAGACGUAGAGAAAAUGUACCGACAAGUGCUUGUACACCCAAUCGAUGCCCCUUUCCAACGUAUUUUAUGGAGAUUCUCUCCUGACAACCCCAUUCAAACGUACGAGUUGCGUACCGUCACUUAUGGCUUAGCUCCUUCAUCCUUUCUUGCCACUCGUACGCUUCGUCAACUAGCUAAUGAUGAAGGUGAAUCAUAUCCACUUGGACGCCGAGCCCUGCAGAAAAAUUUCUAUGUCGACGAUUUUAUCGGGGGGGCCGAAUCAGUGGAAGAGGCCUUACUCGUACGCCAUCAACUUGCUGAGCUGCUCCAGAGAGGAGGGUUUACUCUUCGCAAAUGGACCUCCAAUCGACUCGAAGUUUUGCAGGACUUAAAUGAAGAUCAAAUUGGCACUAAAUCUACAUUGCAGUUCACUCCCCACGAAACUAUAAAAGCGUUAGGAAUUUAUUGGGAGCCGGAAAAAGAUUAUCUGCGAUUUGAUUCACAUAUACAGCAUCGUGACGAUCCACCAACUAAGCGCUCCAUAUUGUCCGACAUUGCUAAAUUAUUCGACCCGCUUGGUCUCAUCGCUCCUGUUGUCGUCAGAGCAAAAAUUUUGAUGCAAGAAUUAUGGUUAUUACCAUUAGGAUGGGACGAACCUGUUCCAGAUAAGGUUCGGCUGAAAUGGGAGAAAUAUCACCAAGACUUACCAAAAAUCGUUGCCUAUAGGGUAGCCCGUUGUGCGUUUCUUUCUCAAUCAAAAAUACAGCUGCACACCUUCGCUGACGCAUCUGAAUCUGCAUAUGGUGCGUGCUGCUAUGCUCGCUGUGAGGAUGAGUUGGGAAACAUAACAGUCCAGUUGCUUGCUUCUAAAUAUCGUGUGGCUCCAUUAAAACGCCUAACUUUGGCUCGACUUGAACUCUGUGCGGCAGUUUUAGCUGCUCAUUUGUAUGAUCGAAUAAAACAAUCCAUAGAUGUUAAUGUGUCUGUAUCAUAUUUCUGGUCAGACUCCGCUACAACUUUGCAGUGGCUCCGAUCACCCCCCAAUACUUGGCAAACGUUUGUAGGAAACAGAGUAGCAGAAGUGCAGCAGUUCACUCACGGAUGUCAAUGGAUGCACGUUUCUGGUCAUGAAAACCCUGCCGAUCUUGUAUCGCGGGGAAUGUCAGUUGAAGACUUUCUGAAAAGUUUUCUAUGGGCCCAAGGGCCUCGCUGGUUAUCACAACCUUCACACAUUUGGCCAGUGUCUAUUCCACCUGAUGCAAUUGAUGGCGAACUGGAAGUGCGACGUGUGGUUGCAGUGACACAGCUGACUUCACCAAUCAAUUCAUUAUUUCUACGAUGGUCUUCUUACACUCGCUUACUACAUGUUGUUGGAUACUGUUCAAGAUUUAUUACAAAUCUCCGCAAGAGAACCAGAACGAAGCCUCUCCCCCUAACAACCCAAACUGUUGAAUCAUUAUCUGUGGAAGAAUUGUCAAAAGCGAAAACGAUACUAGUUCGUCUUGCACAGCAAGAUGCCUUCGGUACUGAAAUAAAGGUACUCAAAGAUGGUAAAUCAUUAUCUAAACAAUCCCGCAUUCGUCAAAUGAGUCCAUUUUUGGACAGCGAAGAAGUAUUGAGGGUCGGCGGUCGCUUGAAUCUAUCUCAAUUGCCAUAUCAAGCGAAACAUCCAGCACUCCUUCCUAGUUUUCAUCCAUUCGCUCGCUUACUAGCAGAACAUUACCAUCGCAAGAUGCUACAUGCAGGUGGGAGACUAUUGUUAUCAACAAUUCGCGAAGAAUUUUGGCCACUUCAGGGACGCAGAUUGGUUCACCAUGCAGUACGGAACUGUUUCCGCUGCACUCGCCUUAAUCCCGUACCUGCACGCCAACAGAUAGGCCAGCUUCCUGUACAUCGAAUUGUACCAAGCCGUCCGUUCAGUAUCGCUGGUGUAGAUUACGCCGGUCCCCUCUACCUAAAACCGAUUCAUAAGCGUGCUUCUCCAGCGAAAGCCUAUAUAUGCGUAUUCGUCUGCUUCGCCACCAAAGCUGUUCACCUGGAGCUCGUCAGUGACUUAACGACGCAGGCCUUUCUUUGUGCCCUUCGGCGCUUUAUAGCCAGACGUGGACGUCCUGUUCACAUUUAUUCAGAUAACGGUAAGAAUUUUGAAGGUGCCAAAAACGAGCUUACUGAACUUUUUGCUAUGCUUCAAAACCAGUGCGAAAUUAAUAAAAUUUCAUCCUCUUGCUCCGAAGAAGGAAUCACUUGGCAUCUUACCCCACCGAAAGCACCUCAUUUCGGAGGUUUGUGGGAAGCAGCCGUCAAAGUUGCCAAGAGGCAUCUAUUUCGACAAUUGGGUGCAACACGAUUGUCUUUUGAAGAUAUCAGUACAAUACUUACUCAAAUAGAGUCGAUGAUGAAUUCUCGACCCUUGUUACCUAUGUCGGACGAUCCAAAUGAUCUUGCCGCUCUCACACCAGCUCAUUUUUUGAUCGGAACCAGCAUGCUCGCCCUGCCCGACCCAGACCAUCGCAACAUUCCAUUUAAUCGGCUCGACCAUUAUCAGCAAUUGCAAGUGCAUGUUCAGAAAAUUUGGCUACACUGGCGUAAGGAAUAUUUACAGGAGAUGCAGAAAGACACUACAAUGCAGUUGCGGAAUGACCAAAUUGUACCCGGUAGUAUGGUCAUCGUCGUAGAUGAGCUACAACCACCGAUUCGCUGGCCACUAGCUCGAAUUGUAUCAACAAUACCAGGUCCUGAUGGUUUGGUGAGAGUUGUCUCACUCCGUACAGCUAGAGGAGUCAUUAACCGCCCGAUCACCAAAAUCUGCCUACUUCCGGACUCAACCUUAGUUGCAGAAGCAGAUGAAGAUGAACAAAUGCUGGCUACCAACCCACAACCGGCCCAACUGAAUAAAAUUGCUGAAAAUAAACAAAAUUUGUUAGGAAUUAUUAUGUGAAUUAGAUUUGUUUUGAAAUAUGACAUUUCAAGGAGGCAGUGAUGUUGAAUUUGAUAGUAAAUCGAGAUGCUUCUGUAGUAAUACCAGUAAAACGAUAAGUUGCCAUAAACAUUGUAUUCCAUUUUCAGCUGUUCCGCACAUACACUGUUACUCGAGUUAGAUACUUAGUAGGUAAAUUAAUUGUGUUCGAUUGGAAUAAAGAUUAUUAGUUUUCUGGCCGUCAAGCGGUGAACAUCGUUUCGAUAUAUUCCGCUUCCUUAUUCCGCUGAAGUGGAUCGGUAAAUCGAUAGGAGAAAACACAACGUAGGGUCGAUUGCGCGAUCAUUA